AUGUUUCUGCGAUUCACCCUGCUCUGUGUUCUCUGCCGCAGGGGUCACGGAUCACUCACGGUUUCUGGACUGGGGGGGACAAGAAGUGCGGGCGAGGCGAUCCCGGGCUACGUCGAGAAGAUUGAUCUCACGAUGACAGAUCAUGCUCUCGAACCAUCCUUUGACGUGGGAAAGGUGUGGCUGGGUGAGCAUGAAGAAGUGCAUGAAGUGAAGCAGGGAACCGUUCACCUCCCGAGCUGCUUGCGGAAGCGCUCCUCAAAGCUGGAUACGCUGAUUCCGAAGCACUCAUACAGUCACACACCAAGAUGUGGACUACGGGCGCUUAUGUACAUGGUGUGCGCGUGGGUGUGA